AUGGUGCUAGGAAAGGUAAAAAAGAUCCCGGCCAUGGCUCCAAAGCUGACGAAGGAACAGAAGAUGGAGAGAGAGCUUUUGAUAAAAAAGAAGAUAAGCAAGCUGGCCAAUGCAAUCAGAAUUCCCCCGGCCAUCAAUCAGUUCAAAACCUUCCUAUCGGAGGAUGAUACUAAAAAGUUCGUUGAUCUGUUCAUGAAGUACAGACCGGAAAAUAAGAAAGAGAAGAUAGCUAGGCUAAGUUCCGAAGACCCGAAGAAGGGCCCAAAGCCCAUUCUUGUUAAGUUUGGUCUGAAGCACGUGACAAGUCUUAUCGAAAGCAAAAAGGCAAAGCUUGUUCUUAUCUCCGCAUCUGUCGAUCCCAUUGAGGUUGUGAUCUUCCUUCCAACGCUGUGCAGAAAGAUGGGUGUGUCCUAUGCAAUUGUCGAAAACUCCACCAUUCUUGGAAGGCUCGUCAACCUGAAGUCCACAUCAUGUGUCUGUCUGUGCGACGCAAGGCCAGAAGAUGAGGCUGCUUUCAAGGAGAUACAAGGAAUUGCAAAUGCAAUCUUCCUCGACAACUAUGAAACCCAUCUGAGAACCUGGGGAGGAGGCCCAAAGAAGCAAACAAGUGAAGAGCAAUGA